UGUUACACAGCGUGUUAUUGUUAGUUCCCUCUUUUGUGACACGAUUUUGUAUUUACCAAUUCUCCCAACAUUUAAAUAUAUCUCAUCCAACUUACUUCAAAGUGUCGGGCGUUUAUUUCUCAUAUAAUCUAUAGACUCAAUGGCACUUGACCUUCAUAUUCCAGUCUGCAUCAGAAAUCCAACUCAUCCUUUACAUCUCCCAUCCCUAGAACAGCCUUUGAGAAUCCAGAUUGAAGGACCAUUAAUAUCAAUCCAAAAGCUUUUUCCAGAUAUACCAUGGCGCACCAAUGUCAUGUCUCUAGAAUUUCCACAGCCGGCUGGUCCAGCACUUGCAAGGCUAACAUACCAGAAAAUUUACGGGCAAGAUGUCCGUCAUGGUGUCGCUGGCGAUAUGGUUGUACGAGACGAAUAUCUGGGUUGGGUAAUGCCAAAACCAUUAAGGCACAUCGACUACUACGGUGUCACAUUCGACCAUCUAGUGCCUACCGAUAAUCCAGACCCAGAGGUACUCCAAAUCAAUAUUAUUGAGAUAGAGGAAGAUAAUGGUAUAUACGCAAGUAAAUGUUUGCCAUUUUCAAUAGACUUAACAGAAUACGCCGGGAAGAAAAUAUUGGCUGUGCCAAGAUGUUGUCAGAAGAGGAACGGCACGCAAGAUCGGAUGCGAGUAAAUAGCUCGGUCGCCGAGAGAGAUCGAGAAAUGCUGCAACAAGCUUGACCUACUGUGAAUUGAUUCGAACAAAGGCAGUUAUAGGAGAGCUAUUCGAGUCAUAAAACUAUGUGAUGAAACUGACCAUCGACAUUAUCGGUAGAUUUAUAAGGAGCGCUGAGAGCCGAUAUUAUAAGCAGCGUUUCCUCACAUCCAUAAACGUAUGGCACAAUACCUCCAACAGAGCCAAUGUUAACGACGAUCCCAGAUGACUGGAUG